CGUCCCGACCUGGGGACACGAUCGUGUAGCGCGGGGGCAACUGAAAGCCAUUUUCUCCCCGCGAAGAAUUUCUAGCAGAGUUACUGGAAGAAGAAAUGGCCAGUCAUCUUUCACCAGGUGUCUUCAUAGAAGAACUUAAUAAAUAUCGUCAGAAGCAUAAUGUGGUUCUUGAUUUUCGGGAACUGUCUAAGACAGGACCUCCACAUGAUUUAACGUUUACAUUUCGAGUUAUAAUAAAUGGGAGAGAAUUUCCGGAAGCUGAAGGUAAAUCAAAGAAGGAAGCCAAAAAUGCUGCAGCCAAAAUGGCUGUUGAAAUACUUCGAGAAAACAAGACAGUUAGUUCUUUACCACUGCUGACGAAAGAUACUUCAGAAGAACUUUCCAAGAAUUACAUAGGCCUUAUUAAUACAUAUACCCAGAGGAAUCAACUCUCUCUAAAUUAUGAACAAUAUGAAUCAAGGGAUGGCGGGCCCAAAAGGUUUCAUUGUAAAUACAAAAUUGGAUGGAAAGAAUACCCUAUUGCUUCAGGUUCCACAAAACAGGAGGCAAAACAAUUAGCUGCUAAACUUGCCUAUGAUCAGAUAUCCUCAGAAGGAAGCCCAAUGAAAGCUGACCCACUGUCUUCUGGUUCUUGCUCUCCUGCGUCCAGUGACUUCAGAGGAGACCCUUGCAGGACAAGCUCUUCUGCUUAUGAAUCAUCACCUGAAAAUGGCUUCUCAACAAAUUCAUGGGAAAGAAAUUGUGACAGCAACGGUUUAAACAAUUCUUUUCCAUCUUAUAUGAGCAGCCGCAAGAAGCCAGCAAGAAGUUUGGCACCUACUUUCAGUUCUCCUGUGCAAGAAACAAAUAAGUAUACCGUGGACAAGAGGUUUAUCAAGGAUUUUAUAAGUAUAUCAGAAAUUGGCUCAGGUGGAUUUGGCCAGGUUUUCAAAGCACAACACAGACUUGAUGGGAAGACUUAUGUUAUUAAACGUGUUAAAUAUGACCGUGAAAAGAAGGCAGAGCGUGAAGUGAAAGCUUUGGCAGAGCUUGAUCAUCCAAAUAUUGUUCACUACUAUAAUUGUUGGGUUGGGAAUGAUUAUGAUCCUGAGGAAAGCAUAAAUCUUUCAAGAUCAAAGACUGACUGCCUUUUCAUCCAAAUGGAAUUCUGUAAUAAGGGGACGUUAGAGCAAUGGAUCGACAAUAGAAGAGGCCAGGAAACAGAUAAACAAUUGUCUUUGGAAUUUUUUGAACAAAUAACUACAGGAGUAGAUUAUAUACAUUCAAAAGAAUUAAUUCAUAGAGACCUUAAGCCAAGUAACAUAUUUUUAGUAGAUGCAAAACAUAUAAAGAUUGGAGACUUUGGACUCGUAACAUCCCUGAAAUAUGAUGACAAGCGGACAAGUAAUAGGGGAACUAAGCGAUACAUGAGCCCAGAACAGAUUUCUUCAGAAGUAUAUGGAAAUGAAGUGGACAUCUAUGCUUUGGGAGUAAUUCUUGCAGAGCUUCUUUACAUAUGUCCCACUGCUAGAGAAACAGUUGAGAUCUUGGAAAAGCUAAAGGCUGGCAUCUUCUCAAAUGUAUUUGAUAAGAGAGAAAAAAUUCUUCUACAGAAAUUAGUCUCCAAAGAUCCCAAGGAACGACCUAAGACAUUUUCAAUACUGUGGACGUUGAAGGAAUGGAAGAAGGAUACAGUGAAAAAGAAUGGUACAGGGAAAAAGAAACCAACUUCAUGUUAGAGCCCUUCUAAGAAAGUAUCCUGCUUCUGAUCUUUGAUUUUCCUGUAACUGUCUAAAAUCUACUAGGGAAUGUCGAUGGUAUUUACCUUCUUCCUCUUUUUUUUAACCCUACAUUAUGAUUUUUUUUAAUUGCGGUAACAUUCAUUUAUACCAUUAUAUAAAUUUCAGGUGUACACUGUUAUAUAUUUCGAUUUCUGUGUAGAUUACAUCAUGUUCACCACCCAAAGACUAAUUACCAUGCAUCACCACACACAUGUGCCUAGGUAUUUACCUUCUGUUUUCAUUUUUCCCUUAAUUUUUUUACUACAUUUGCAGGAACGUUUGCAUUUUUUUACUUCAAAAACAUUCUUAGGUUUGACUUUUUCCUGGUGCAUCUCCUUAUUAUGAAGAUGAGAAAAAAAAAUCCCUCAAAUUUUUUUUAGUGUCAAUUGAUAAACCAAUUAAUAAUAUUUAUUAAAUGUCCAUUGUUUCCAGGCCAAAAAAUGUAAGGUCUUUUCCUGUCUUAGGUGGCUAACAGGCCAGUUGGAGAAAUAUGGUACCCAUGAAAA